AUGUGGGGUGUCGGAUGCAUUCUGUUCGAGAUGGUUGCUGGUCGUGCGUUAUUUCCGGGUUCAACGACUGAUGAGCAACUUGGCCUUAUUUUUCGGACACUAGGAUCACCACGUGGUGAUCGUCAUGCGACUAUAUGUGCCCGUCCGGCGUAUGCCCCCUUUGCGCAGAAGGUCUACCAUCCGGAGCCGUUAAUUCGACAAAUACCACGGAUGGAUGCCCAAGGCUACGAUCUGCUUUUGAAGUUUUUACAGGUAACUCUCCAUCUAUAUGCGUUUCUUUUCUCUCCAUUAUUUGUUUUACGGGGAUAUCAUGCGUAG